AUGGUACAUAAUACAACUCAUCAGUACAUUUCAAUUUUCUACCUGGUUGGUAUUCCUGGUUUAGAAAAUUUUCACUACUUGAUCAGCAUCCCUGUCUGCUUUCUGUUUGUCAUGACUCUGCUGGGGAACAGCAUAAUCAUUGCUACUAUCAAACUAGAACCAAGCCUUCACCAGCCUAUGUAUUUCUUCCUUUGCAUGCUGGCAAUGAAUGACAUUUUUCUUACCUGUUCCACAUCCCUGAAAAUGCUUGCCAUUUUCUGGUUUAAUGAACACUGGAUUGAGUUUGAUGUCUGUCUAACACAAAUGUAUUUUAUCCACACUCUUUGCACUUUUGAGUCAGCCAUCCUGGUGGCCAUGGCUUUUGAUCGCUUUGUGGCCAUUUGCCUUCCACUGCACUAUUCAACCAUCCUUACAACAGCCAUGGUUAUUAAACUGGCUGUAAUUGGCUUGCUCAGAGCUGUGUUCAUAGUUUUGCCCUGUCUUUUUCUCAUUAAGAGGCUGCCCUACUACACAAGCUAUAUAAUCCCUCAUACCUACUGUGAGCAUAUGGCUGUGGUGAAGUUAGCCAGUGCUAACACUCUCAUUAACAGAGCAUAUGGCAUCUCAGCGGCCCUUUCAGUAACAAUAUUGGACAUAUGGCUCAUAGCAACAUCUUACAUAAAAAUUCUCCAAGCAGUGUUCCGGCUAUCUUCCCAGAAUGCCCGCUCUAAAGCCCUGGGCACCUGUGCUGCUCAUGUCUGCACUAUUCUUGCCUUCUAUACACCUGCACUGUUUAGCUUCCUAACUCAUCGCAUUGGCAAGAAUGUGUCUCCAAGUGUCCACAUCAUCUUGGCAAGCAUGUACCUUUUAGUGCCCCCCACAGUCAAUCCCUUGGUGUAUGGUGUCAAGACAAAACAGAUUCGGGAUCGAGUUCUGAGUCUCUUCUCACACUUGAAAAUUACUGUAUACUAA